CCUUCUAGUGCUGGUUUGAGAUAUAACUAAGCCUUCUGACCUUUUUAGUUAUUCAGGUUCCCCUUCUUGAUGUCCUUCUCUUUUUACCAUAGUCUGUGAUUUCUUACGAGGAAGAGCAGGAGAAGUUAAUGUAUGUUGGUAAAGAAUUAUGGUAUUAAAUUGCUCACGCUCUCGCGCAUCCUCACCGGCAUUUGUAGUGUCAAUAACAACGCAGUUUCGAAAAAUUAUGAAUCAAGUAAGUUAAUAUGUGUGACUAGUUGUACCACGUUGUAGAAGGACGCGGACGUGUUCUACAGCUCUGCUUGUGCUUGCCAUCUCUUUUGUUGGACCAUACUCAUAGGCUAGUAAAAGUGAGAAGAACUUAUAGUAUUGAAACAAGCGAAAAAAAAGAUGAGUUCAGUCGCGCAAAGUUUUGAGCUGGAUUUGGCGAAGGAUGUCCUCUGUGCAGAGUUCGGCGAUGUGGUGGCCGAUGUGGGUUGGACGCUCCUCGCCUACGGGACGAUCGAGGGAUUAUCGUUGCAGGAGUUGAUGUCCUUCUUGCGCGACGUCACGCACUCUAUGGACGCAGACGACGACAGCAAAGCCCCAUCAUUGGAUGACGUGAAAGCAGCGUUGUUGUUGUUGAUGCAACACAAUGUUGUGCGCGUUGCGCCAAAAUCACUGCACCAUCAACAGUUGGAAGCAAACUCACUGUCCAAAACUGGUGGAGGAAAAAACGAGGAACAAAUUCGGAGAGGGACAAGUGGAGUUGCGGCCAAGACCACGAGCACGGCUGAGAUCUCGACAGCUCCUGCUGGAAAUACUGGAUCUGCCCUAGCAGGAACUACGGGAACCGGCGGAACGCAGGUAUCCGCCCAGGCGCAACGAGAGCAGGCGACUCAUAGGACUUUGCUAGUCACCAGGUAUGUCGCAGAGGUGGAUUUCGUGCUCUGGCGUCCCCGCUUCCCAGUUUACAUCACCGCCACCAAACGUUGGUUCAACUGCUCCGAGGCCUGCUCCCUGAUUCUCCGCCAAGUUCUGAUGAGAGGGCGCGCAGACGUCGAAAUGUUGGUAGAAGACCUGGUCCGCAGGACAAACGUACACACCGCACGAGUGGAUCAGGCACGAAAACUUCUGCUACGAAGUGGACCGCAAGAUUUUUCAAAUAUGUUGUUGUCUACUGAUGGAGGGGGUUCCUCGUCGUCCACCGGUUCGUAUAAUCGUAAGCGUUCGUCAUCGAGCAAAAGUGCUGGCGGAACACAUAGUUAUGUCAAGCUGCCCUUUGGAGCAAAGCGGAGACGUGGGUCGUCCUCCUCGUCAUCGGACCCGUUUUCUGUCCUUCAACAAGCGCACCAAGGAGAAGAAGAUGAGGAUGAAGAAGAGCUACUGCACGUGGACCAGUUUCUGCUCGCUCUCAAAACUUUGGAACAUCACGGUUGGAUCACGGCAAAGGUACCAAUGCGAGGGGCGGGUUGUUAUCAAGCAGUAUCCAUGUUCGAUGCCGCAAAAGAUGGGCAAUUUCAGGCCUCGAGAUUGGAACUACAGGCACACAGCACGCGCCUCUUAGACCUACUGCUUCCAGGUGGCGAGAACGGCGAGCAGGAUGAACCAUUUUCGUCGACGAAAGGAAGGGAUAAAGGUAAGAAGGCGAAGGGGGUAGGUCUCGCAUCUGCUUCUCAUGGUCUUGAAAAUCAUCCUGAAGAGCAACAACGACUUGUCGAACUAGUGCGUGUGCUAGGUUCGACGGUUUACAGCCCUAAUUUGGCUUUUCUCAACCACGUUCUUUUGCGGGACACGGUCUGGAGUGCCUUGGGGCCGAAGCUCUUUCCCGCACCACGAACCUCGAAGAGUUUCCAAGGAGCACAGCUGCAAAUUCAAAAUGGUGUUGCAGGAGCCGCCUCCACAGCUAACAAUCAUGCACAGGAAGAACACAUAUGUGUGCCUACAGCAGAUCGCGCUUGUGACGUUGUCUUUAAGGAACUAGCGAACGCAACCGGAGUUUCGAGAAUAGAAAACAACGGCUCUUAUGUCAGUGCAAUUACCACCGUAUUCGUAACCCGAAGCGCGCUUGUCGCGAAACUCAGCAACGUUCUACCGUCACACGAUGUACAGCAAGCGAUUUCAAGAUUGGUCGAGCACGGUAACACUUUUUAUCACAUCAAAUAAUGGUCGACAUUAAUGUACUUUUGCACGAAAGUGGAGUGUUACAACAAACGCUCUUUUUGCUAUCGCAUUAGGAUUAUGCACUGAUACAACGUAAUGACUAUUCAUUGAUUCGGACCUGAGCCUUCUUGACGGAAUGAAUUUUGACACACAUGCAUCAGUGACACCACCUGCGCAAACAUCAAGAUCAACGUGUGAUAAACUAAUAAAUAUGAAUUUUCAAAUUUUUUGUACUGUAAUUUCAGGUACCGGACUUGUUGUUCGUACCACAGACCAGGCUGGGGGUCUCUCGGCUGAUCCUGGAAGAGCCAAGCCCAAAGCCCGUGGGCGCAAAAAAGCAGCCAGAAGCGAUGAAUUAUCAGAAACGAGCGCUCCAACAGAUCAAGUCAACCUCUUCGGUGGUGAGGCACAAGAAGUGUUCCGCGUUGACUGGAGCCGCGCAAGAGAGCUGGUGCAUCUCGAUUUGACAAGGAGAUUAGUGCAGUGGAAUUACAGUUCAAUUGCGUUCCGUGUGUGGAAUUUCCUGAUUGAGGAACCCAUUCGCUACCAUUCCGAACAGCAACUAGAGGAGACCUGUCUCUGCACACAGGCCCGCGUGCGCCAAGCAGUUCACGAGCUGUUUAAAUUAAGGCAGAUUCCAGUUUUGCGAAUAGUUUGUGUUUGAGAAUUGAAAUUUUUUAAAUUGUCUUUGUCUGGUACAGAAAGUAGAACUACCACCAGGUCCGUCCAAGUCCGAUGCUUUUUCUCGUCUAAUAUUCGAUGGCAUUCUUUUGGUGCAGGAAAUCCCUAAAGGAGCUCAUUCUGUAGCUAGCGGACCCCCGCCAUCUGCAUUUGCUGGUGCCACAUCCACCUACGGUCGCGGUCUCUGGCUCUACAGCAUCGACAAAAUGCGUUCUGCUUUACAAUUCAAGAAACUGAUAGUUCAAGCGAUCCGCAACCUCUCCAAGAGACUGGAAAUCGAGCGACAACAGCUAAGUGAAUGCGUGAAUUCAAGGCGAACAAGCGGAGGUGAAGCAGGAGCAGGUGGAACUAGUACUAUUACUGGUGCUGGAGGAAGUUUUCUUGGAAUGUUUGCAGGUGGUCUACCUUCUGCUUCGAUGGGACGAACUGAAGUUCUACCUUCCAUGCCAUUGCACGACCCUCGCGUGGAACUCGUCAAUGCAGACGCUUUUACCCGUGAAGAGGCGACCGCCGUGCUAGAAAGUCGUUACAGAUCUCUGCAGACGAUGUAUCAAUUGCUCAGGGAGAUGUGAAGCCACUACAUAGGUUUGGCAUAAGAAGUAUAUGAUGAAGCGACAGGAGCAUUUCGUGAUGAGAGACUCCUUCAAAGUGAAGGUGUGACGCCACAUGGACCUGGUCAUAUUUCUUUCACGGUCAGACAUGCGGCACUCAUACUGCGAAACGCUUUCACAAUAAACGAAACGACACAUGAAUGAUGCUUCGAUGUAGAUCUCCUAAAAUCAAAAAUGCCUUGUUAUAACCUUGUCGUUCUGAUAAAUUCGUGAAGCUUUCCCAGAAAUGCUCAAGCCAAUGUACACUGUUCCAUCCCUGACUAUGCUUGAAUCUCAUUGCUGAUAUGAAAGUGACACUUGCAUCAUCUGCUGUUCUUUGAUGAUGAGAAUGAGAAUUGAGAAUUGUGAAUAUUCGGCAACAGCAAGA